AUGGACAAUGCAUCGUACCAUUCUGUCAAAAAAGACCCGGUUCCCACAGCGAAUUGGAAAAAAGAAGACAUAAUAAAUUUGUUGAAGUCUAAAGAUAUUGUUUUCGAUAAACCGAUGGUGAAAUUUCGAUUGCUUGAUAAGGUAAACGAAAUUAAACCUCUUCACACUAAAUAUGUAAUUGACGAAGAAGCUUUGAAAACAAAUCGACAUGUAUUACGUUUGCCACCUUACCAUGCCGAACUUAAUCCAAUAGAACUUGCAUGGUCUGCAGUGAAAAAUCAUGUUAAACAAAAUAAUACAACAUUUAAACUAAAUGAUGUUAAAAAAUUGCUGAUCGAAGGUAUCCAGAAAGUGAGGAAUGGAAAAAAAGUUAUAUUUUUAUAA